AUGGCUCCGAAGCAACCUCCUCGCAUCCCGGCGCCUCCCCCCUCUGCCACCAACUUCCUCUUGCGCACCAGCCUCUACCUACCCAUCGGCCUAGCCACGGUCUACCUCACCUUCUUCCUCGCCCUCCUCACCCCUCUUUUCCAACGAAACUUUAUCUUUCUCCACUCGAUCCAAUUCCCCUUCUUUCCUUCCUAUCACAAACCCGAAAAGUACGGUCUUGCACCGUUCAAAACUCGACCUCUUUCACUCACCACCUCGGACGGCGAGACGAUUGGAGCAUGGCACGUUCUGCCCGAGCUGUACUACCAACAGCGUUUGAGUUCCUCUCCUGAUUUCGAGUGGGACGAUGACGUGUAUCAACGAUCGAUGCAACUUCACCCGACCAUCAUCUACCUGCAUGGAAACUCGAUGAAUCGAGCAGCACCGUUUCGCAUCGCCGCGUACCAAUCGCUCACCAGUCGAAUAGACGCAAAUGUCGUCGCGAUUGACUACCGCGGGUUCGGUGAUAGCACUGGUACACCCAGCGAACAAGGUCUCGUUGAAGAUGCCGAGACAGCCUACCGAUGGAUCCGUCAACAACAGGGUUCAUCGAAACAGAAGAUCACGGUCUUUGGACAGAGUCUAGGAACGGGAAUCGGUGCACUUCUAGCUGCAAAGCUCGAGCAGCAAUCAACACCUUUGGACAGUCUCGUACUCAUGGCACCGUACACAUCUCUCAAAGCACUCGUCAAAGACUUCCGGUUAGGCGGAAUCCUUCCUCUCCUCAAACCAAUCUCCCUGAUCCCUUUCAACGAAAACAUCCUCGACGCCUUCCUCAAAACUCACCUCAACACUCUCUACACCUUACCAAAACUCACUUCAUCCUCAUCCACUUCGAACCGACAAACCUCCAUCGUCCUCCUUCACGCACACGAUGAUCCCGUAAUCCCCAUAUCCCACUCCCGAACACUCUUCAAAACCAUGCUCGAUGCCACAUCCAACAACGUAUCGAUCCAAUCGAGAAACGUCACAGACUACGCACACGUUCAGCGGUUCAAGCCCAACGCCAAAAAGCCAGCGCAAACAGUGACACUCGUAGAGACCAAAUUCGGCGGUCAUAAUCAGUUGACAGAGGGCGGAUUGGAUCUCGUUCGUCUCGCACUGAAACUGCCGUCGCAUCUGGCGGGGUCGGGAUGA